GUUGAAGUCUGAAGCGUACACGGUGAUGGUGAACGUGAACGAUUACUUGGACAUUUACUGUCCACACUACAAUGGCUCCGUGUCCCACCACCGGUCCGAGAGCUACGUGCUCUACAUGGUGAACUACGAAGGCUACAAGACCUGUAACCACAAGUUGGGCUUCAAGCGUUGGGAGUGCAGUCCAUCGCACUCUCCACACAACCCCAUCAAGUUCUCCGAGAAAUUCCAGCGCUACAGCGCCUUCUCCCUCGGAUACGAGUUUCACGUGGGGCAGGAGUACUACUACAUCUCCACACCGACACACCACCAUGGACGGACAUGCCUGAGGUUGAAGGUUUUUGUCUGCUGUGCCACUUCUCCGCACCCCAGUGAGACUCUGAACCCGACCCCCCCACCACUGACGGUGGGUCAUGACGUGAAGAGCAUGAAAGACCUUGACGAGCUGAAGCCGUCGCUGCCCAAGCUGGAGCGCAGUGUGAGUGGAAGCAGCCCAAGCCGGGACCACCUCCGCCUCACCAUUGUCCUCACUCUGCUGCUGCUCCGCGUGCUGGCUGCCUCCUAGCCCUCCCCCCACCCAGGAGCCCCCCUUCCCCUCACUCCCCACCCAUCCGCUGCUCUCCUCACCCCUCCCUCCCCCCCCAACCCCAGCACGCUGGCCGCCUCCUAGCCCCCCCCCCCCACCCCGGGACAGUGGGGCCCAGGAGCCCCCCUUCCCCUCCACCCAUUCUUCCCAGCCCUCCACUCCCCACCCACCCGCUGACCCCUCCCUUUUCCCCCAACCCCUCCACAUCCCCACUCCCCUUCCCCCCCAACCCCAGCACACUGGGCUCU